ACGGGCGCACGGUGGCUACUUGAACGAAAACGGGGGAAGCUUGCUCAAGAACCGGCUGGGCUGUCGCACGGAUUCAACAUGUCACAAUACAAAUGUUGAGCGUGGGUCGGAAACAAUCGUGUUUACCUCUUGAACGGCGUUAAGUACCGGCCACGCCCCAUAUCCAGAGACCGGUGCCUGUACAAAACUGCUGGCGGAGGCGCAACGGUGAGCGGUUUGAAACCCAGCAGGGCGGCUAGCGGGCUCACAGCGGAGAGGCAGCAGGAGUAUCGGCUGUUUUGGGAACCAUGAGAGAGUACAAAGUAGUGGUUCUCGGGUCCGGAGGGGUCGGCAAAUCCGCGUUAACCGUCCAGUUCGUGACGGGAUCCUUUAUAGAAAAAUACGACCCCACGAUAGAGGAUUUCUACAGGAAGGAGAUCGAAGUGGACUCCUCUCCGUCCGUCCUAGAGAUCCUGGACACAGCAGGGACGGAGCAGUUCGCGUCCAUGCGAGACCUAUACAUCAAAAACGGGCAGGGUUUCAUCCUGGUGUACAGCUUGGUCAACCAGCAGAGCUUCCAGGAUAUCAAACCGAUGAGGGAUCAGAUCAUUCGGGUGAAAAGGUACGAGAGGGUGCCGAUGAUUCUAGUGGGAAACAAAGUGGACCUGGAGGGGGAAAGGGAGGUCUCGUCCGGGGAGGGGAAGGCGCUGGCGGACGACUGGAACUGCCCGUUCAUGGAAACUUCAGCCAAAAAUAAAACCUCGGUGGACGAACUGUUUGCAGAAAUAGUCCGACAGAUGAACUAUGCCUCAACACCAAAUGGCGACGACCAGUGCUGUUCGUCUUGUGUCAUUCUUUAAGAAACAGGAACACCAUAAAGUUUUACCCCUUGCUCGGUUUUAAGUUUGCAAUGUGUGUUGCAGCAAGUGUGUACUGUUGAGCUCUUCUUCGUGUCUCACCCCGGCCUUGGAGAAAAAUACAGGGAGGAAUGCUGCAGGGGGACUAGAGGAGGAGGAAGAGGAGGAGGAGUGGAGCAACAGAGACAGAGGGAGGGGUCCACUCUUCAGGAAUUCUGCUGGGUUGGAGUACCUCUGCUGCUCGAUGAGUGUCCGUCAUUGAAGCGAAGGUGGUGACAGAGAGUUUCAGCAACACCCUUCUCACCUGUUCCAACUGUACUCACAGCUGGAACUAAUGGAAAAGUUCUGGAGGGCAACACUUAAAAGACACUCAUAAAUGGAUAUUUCUGUAUAAGAAGAAGUCAGGGAGAGUAUAUUUUGUUAAAUAACUGCACAGUCUGGGGGCGUGUAAGGAUUUUGGGUGAUGUCUCUGCCUAACCCAUUUAGGAGAAAUUCUCCACAACACUCCAAAAUCUACUUUUCUUUUCUUUUUGUCCAAAGUCAAAGAAAUUGACACCACUUUUUCUGCUGGUGGAGUAAAUGUGACGAGUGCCAUUUUUUUCCUUCAUUGCCUCUUCAGUGUGUGGGAGGACCUUAACUGAAGUGACAUGGGGACGGUGACCAGAUCGCCCUUGUGUCGAGUGCCUUUCCGAAACAAAUCAGCUGUUAAGAUUCAGUGCCAACUAACACGUUUCACCAAAAGAACCCUUCAUAAUGGCAAUCCAAAUUAAGCAAACUGUUCUAUAUUUUAGGGGUGGAAGCUGGAAAACGACAAUAGGCUUUUUGUUUAAGGAAUGGCAGUUUUCUCUCUUUUACGUUGGCCAUUUUGAAGUUAGGUGUUCAUUUUGCAAUGUCUGCUUUCUCAAAGGCCAAACUUUUCUCUUAAAAUGCACAGGUACUGGAACCUCCUGUAGAAGUGACAACACCAAACGCUUACCUUCCAGUCCACCUUAAAUCAGAUUCUGUUUGUUCUGUUUAUUUUGUUGUUUUUAACAGGAAAUGUGAUGAUGUACUGUUGACAAAUCUAACCUGAUUGUAAGUUGAAUUUCAGGUCAGCCUUUUAACAGUGGGCUGUCUGUUUUAAAAAAUAAGACUUUUAAUACAAAUGGCAUUUUUAAAAAAACACCACCAGACUGGCUUUUCUUUGUUGACGUCUAUUUUUCAGUGUGAAGGCUAAUAGCUUAAAACAUUGCCUCAGCAGUUUGGAUGAAAAUAUUUCAUUGCUUUAACACAGGCUUACACAAAAAUAGUUGGAUUACUAAAACUGACACACUGAUUCAAAAAUUCCAUUAUGUUUAUAAGUUACAGUGAAUUUAACCAAAUCCCCAAACUUGCUGGUUUGUUAGUCAAGGAUAGCCUGCAGGCUAAGAGUUUGUCUGUCAGGUUUUAUGUUGAAAAAUGUACUGGGCACCUUAACGGAAACUUAAGUGAGAGCCAUGUUAGUUGUAACAUGAUAUCCACUCUUAUUUUUCUACUCCUGCCUUGCUAUGUUUGUUUUUUCCUAAAACACAUCACUUUCUGUGUGGCUAACACUGCUACCACUGUGAUGUAAGUUAAACCAGCAGAACACAGACUAAUUUGUAUGCAUAGUAUGACAAGUUUUACAAAUAGAUGAGUAACAGAUUUUUGUUUUUCAUUGUUGACAUGUAAUGUA